AUGGACUUUGAAUCGAUACCGCCCAUCACGGGCGCAUGGGGGGCGCUCACCCUCGCCACCGCCGUCCUCGAACACACGCACACCAUCUCGUCCUACCAACUCUUCUACACGCCCGCCCUUGUCUUUCGCAAGUUUCAAGUCUGGCGACUCCUCACGACCUUCCUCUACUUCGGACCGCUCGGGCUCGACUUCAUCUUCCACCUGUUCUUCUUCAUGCGCUACUCCCGUAUGCUCGAGGAGAACUCCUUUGGCGGGAGGAGUGGUGGCAGAGCAGGCUACGUGGUGCUGCUGAUGUUUGCUGCGACAUGUCUGUUGAUAUUGUCGCCAUUGACAGCACAGCCGUUCUUGGGAUCGCCGUUGGCGUUUGUGCUCGUGUACAUCUGGUCGAGGAGGAACAGACAUGUGAGGUUAAGCAUGUUCGGGUUGCUGGUCAUCACAGCACCGUACCUGCCGUGGAGUCUGGUUAUCUUCGGCUGGUUGCUGCACGGGAGCUUGAGGGCGGUGGUUGGCGAUAUCAGCGGCAUUGCGGUAGGACAUCUGUACUACUUCCUUGUCGAUAUCUGGCCAAGAGAGUUCCGAUCGGGCGGCCGCAAUCUCCUCGCCACGCCAAACUUUCUCAUCCGGCUUCUCGAUGGUCCCGUCGAAGCGCACUAG